AUGUCGAUUAAACGGGCCCUCUCCAAGGCCAUUCGGGGCCAUGUCAAUGACGAUGACUCGUCGGGCUCCCACGUUCGCUCGCUCUCUCUACCGCGCAUCUCGACAUCGCGCGAUAAUCACCCCUCCCAUUCCCCCACCGCUUCCCCUCGUCGCAGUAUCCUAGGCAACUUCUUCCGUGAGAAGGACUACGUCUCAUCCUCUGAGGAUUUCUCGGAUGAUUCAUCCUCCACGGGCAAUCUCAGUAAGAACCAGCAGAAACGACUCGUGCGCCAGCAACGCCGCAAUGAACGCUCUCGCCUCAGUGAAGAGCAAUUCUCCGAGUCUGACCACCGACGGAAGGAGGAGGAGCUCGCCAAGGCAGCUGCCGACGAGACGCCAGAGAUGAAGGCCCGUUAUGGUGACCUGCCUCUAAUGCAGUCGCAGAGCCGCCCACGCGAGGAGCGGAUCUCUCUUGAUGCAAUCACUCCGGAUAUGGAGGGACAGGAGGUUUACUUCACGGCACGCUUGCACGUUGUGCGUCGCAUGAGUGCGAAGCUGGUCUUCCUCGUGUUCCGUCAGCAGCUGUCUACCUUCCAAGGUGUGCUGCAUGAGCGCCCCGGCGUCUCCUCCAUCGCCAUGAUCUCAUGGGCUGAGCAUCUCCGCGUGGGCUCCUUCUUGCGUGUCCGCGGCAAGAUUCAAAAACCCGACGUGCCAGUUCUGGGCUGCAGUAUCCACGACGUCGAGCUGGCUAUCGACUCCGUGCAUCUGCUCGUCAAGCGCGAGGAGCCCGUGCCUUUCAGUGUCUACGAGGCUGAGAUCCGCACCAACGAGGAGGACAAGGCUGAAGGUCGUCGCAGCCAUAUCCCCGAUCGCACUCGUCUCAGCAAUCGCUUGCUCGACCUUCGGACGGCCACCUCUCAAUCCAUCUUCCGGCUGCAGUCAGCAACCUGCAAUCUUUUCCGUAGCGCCCUCGAUGAACGAGGGUUCAUUGAGAUCCACACUCCCAAGCUGCAGGGUGCUGCCACCGAGUCUGGUGCCAGUGUCUUCCAGGUCAAUUACUUUGGUCGUCCUGCCUUCCUAGCUCAGUCUCCCCAGCUGGCCAAGCAGAUGGCUAUUGCCGCCGACUUUGGUCGUGUGUAUGAGAUUGGUGCCGUCUUCCGCGCCGAGAAUUCUAAUACCCAUCGUCACUUGACCGAAUACACUGGUCUGGAUAUCGAAAUGGCCAUUGAGGAGCACUACCAUGAGAUGCUCGAGACUCUGGAUGCUACUAUCAAGAACAUCUUGAGUGGUGUCUACACCAAGUAUCGCCGAGAGAUUGAUGUGGUCAAGCACCAGUUCCCAUCAGAAGACGUCGUGUGGUUGGAGAAGACACCUAUCAUUCGCUUCACUGAUGGAAUCCAAAUGCUGAACGACUCGGGUUGGCGAAGCGAGGAUGGCAACCUUCUUCCAGUGGAUGAGGAUUUGGCUACUCGCGAUGAAAUCCGUUUGGGCCAACUGGUCAAGGAAAAGUACGGCACCGACUACUACGUCCUUGACAAGUUCCCCCGCGGUGCCCGUCCCUUCUACACCAUGCCGGAUCCCGAGGAUGACAAAUUCACCAACUCGUUCGACAUGUUCAUUCGUGGCCAGGAGAUUGUCUCUGGUGGCCAGCGUAUUCACGAGCCGCACAUGCUCGAGGAGAACAUGCGCAAGUCUGGCAUCAACCCCGAAGAUAUGGAGGAGUAUCUCGAGGCGUUCCGCUGGGGUGCCCCACCCCAUGCUGGUGCCGGUGUUGGCCUCGAACGUCUGCUGAUGCUCUUGCUUCAAGUGGGCAACAUUCGUCUCACCUCGCUCUUCCACCGCGACCCUAAGAGUUUGCCCGCCAAACCUCCGGUCCAGCAGCUUCGCCACCCCGAGGCUUCCACUAUCGAGCCUCCUUGGCACGAACGCUCCCAGUUGGCUGCUGAUGCCAGCGAGCUGCAGCCGCUGGAGAAGUUGGUUGCCAACUACGGUGACGCCACCUCCACUUCCUGGUUCGAUGACCGAUUCAAGAUCUGGCGUGACAUGGCCACCGGUGCUGCCGUGGCUUACGUGCCCAGCACCAGCAACUAUGUCAUCAUCCCCGGUAACCCCGCGUGUGAUCCUUCCCAGUACUCUCGUACCAUCACACAGUUCCUGCAGUGGCUGCGUCGGGAGACCAAGUUCAAGCCUGUCUGGAUUCUCUGCUCUCCCGAGGUCGAGACUAUUCUAGGCGAGCGCCUGGGCUGGCGCAGCUUGUCCUGCAUUGCCGAAGAGCGUGUUGAGCCGUCGCGCAACCAAGCCGCCUCUGACGGUGAGAUUGCCCGCAAACUGCGCCGUGCCGAGAGCGAGGGCAUCAAGGUUGUCUCUUUCAGCCAGGGUGAGCUGCCUCCCGAGGAAAUCCGCAAGAAGAUCGAUGAACGCGUUGCCCAAUGGCUUGCCAACCGCAAGGGUACACAAGUUCAUCUGUCCGAGAUCCGUCCGUGGAUCGACGCCGAGCACCGCUGGUAUUUCUACGCCAUGGACAAGGAGGGCACCAUCUGUGCCUUUGUCGCGCUGGCGAUGCUCUCCCCUGCCCACGGCAUGCAGGUCAAGUACAGCUUGGACUUCCCCAACUCACCCAACGGUGUCAUCGAGUAUAUCGUUACACAGGCCAUCCAGACUGCUUCCAAGGGCGGUGUCAGUGGUCUGACCUUCGGUGCCGGUGCUACCAGCAAACUCAUUCCCGGCCACAAUCUGCACGGCACCAAGAUCAAGAUGCUGGAGCACACCUACGAGGCUCUGGCCAAGCAAUUCCAUCUCGUGCGGAAGAGCGAGUUCCGUGCCAAGCUGGGUGCCACCGAGGAACCGCUGUAUAUCUCCUACCCAGCUCACGGUCUCGGUUCCAAGGGUAUCCGUGCCGUGCUGAAUUUCUUCGAGGAUUAA